GACUAGCGCCCUUAUCCACGGCGUCUGAAGACCGUGAAGACUCAUGACGGAAUUUCAUAGUGUUUCUGCCUGACUGAAAAAUCAAUCUUAGACACUUUGAGACUCACAUUUUCGCAAUGGCCACCAUGACUCUCUUUCUGCUAAAGGAGGUGUCGAAACCUACCGCUUCCACUAUACUUCAAACAGCGAUGUCCCAAUAGAGGCGAGCUGCUGGAAUGAAGGGGAGAAUCCGCCAAUCCAAGUCCCAUCAAUCGUGGAGGAUCUUAUUCACACCACCGAACAUCUCGUCGCCGAAGCGCAAGAACUCAUCGGAAAUUUCCAGGCCGAUAGCCCGAGGUGGUUCACCGACUUGGGUGGAAGCCUCGCUUCUAUUUUGUCGGCUAUGCUCGAUUGUGCGCCUAACAGCGGCGGCGUGCGCUACGUCAGCUCAGCCAUAUUCACCUGCAAAACUUCCCACCAAAUCAGUCAAUUGGCCUUGACAUGGUUCGCGUAUUUUCUCUGGCCUUUCAAAGCGCUGAACUGGUACUCAACUUUCGUAGCUCAAAGAACUGAGGUGCCUGAGCAACUUCCUUUGCAUCUAUAUAACUUACGACGACAGCUGUUUUAUCAACAGAAUUAUCGUUGCCCGAUAUCAGGCAUGGUGGAACUCGGCCACCCUAAGCUUUCCUCCGAGGUGAUGUGCAUACUCAGAACACAUCAUAUCCUUCAAAGACCCAUCAUAGGAGAGAUUGAUUUCUUCGAACCCAUCACGCGAGAGAUCAUACACAAAUACAUUAAUCCUGGAGUGGACCUGAAUUCAGUUCCGAAUGACGAUCCCAGCAAUGCGUUUGCUUGCGAGCUCAAUACGGACAUGCAUUUCAGCAACUUUAGGAUGUCGCUCAAGGCGACUACAAAUGCCGAUGAAUAUACAGUCGAAACGUAUGGACAAUGUCUAUGGCCCAGAUACUUUAAAAAGGUUGUCACCUUCAAAGAGGGUACACUGCGGCCUGACCCACGAUACCUCCAUUUGCAUGCAUGCGUGGCGGACGUACUCCAGAAAAGCGGUGCAGCAAGAGUCGUUGAUCAUAUUCUUAAAUGUCUGCCGCAAAGGAGGCGUCCGGCAGAUAUCGUUGAUCUUCAGGGAGUCUUGAACAUACUCGGACUUUGGUAUUCGCUAGUUGCAGCAUUUUAAUUUCCCCUGUUUGAAUCCGGGUUUCCUUGUCUCUCGUGAAUGACGAGGCGUAAAUUUUGAUCCUGUAUGUUGUAAAGAAACAUCAAACCGCUGAUUGCU